UCGCAGGUUCCGGGUCGGCUGGGCCUGCGCCAGAAGCAGAAUUGCGUGUUCUCUGUUUGGGGGAUGCUGGAGUCUUCCGGAACCGCCGGCGAUUAGUGGCCACGCCCUCAUCUCCGGGAACUGCUCUGAGUGCAGUUACAGACAGAACGCUUUAACCGGUAACAGUCCAGUGAGGUGGGUGCUGCCUUGGUCGCCAGGAGACAGGACGCGCUUUGUUCCACAAUCACAGCUUCUGGGAAUACAUAGCAACAAGGGUUCUUCUGCUAGUGUAAUAGAUUAUUUUAAGAGAGCAGCCAUAGAAAGAAAGGCGGAAAGAAAGUCUUGGUCUUGUUUAUUCUCGGCGAUGGAGCAUUUUGUCACCAAGGGCCCAAGCAGAAUUGAGGGAGAGCAACCAGCACAUCCUCAGAGGCACCAGCAUCUCUGUGACUGACAGCAUUGCCAGGACCAUCUUCAUGGAGCCUCCUGGAGAGAAGCCCGGAGAGGCUGAGGCACUGAGUAUCACACCCCAGCUGCUCAAGUCCCACUCUGGGGAGUUUGCUCUGGAUUCCAUCCUGCUGCUGAAGCUUCGGGGUUUAGGGGUGGCGGACCUGGGUUGCUUGGGGGAGUGCCUGAACCUUGAGUGGCUUGACCUAUCAGGCAAUGCACUCACCCACCUGGGCCCACUAGCAUCCCUGCGUCAGCUGGCUGUGCUCAACGUCUCCAAUAAUCGGCUGACAGGGCUGGAGCCACUAGCAGGCUGUGAGAGCCUGCAGAGCCUCAACGCUGCUGGCAACCUGCUGACCACUCCUAGCCAGCUGCAGUGUCUGGCUGGGCUGCAGGGCCUGGAGCACCUGAGGCUCCGGGACCCUUUGGCCCGGCUCAGCAACCCGAUAUGUGCAAAUCCCUCCUACUGGGCUGCGGUUCGAGAGCUACUACCUGGCCUUAAAGUCAUAGACGGGGAACGUGUGAGUGGGCGGGGCAGUGAGUUGUACCAGUUAUGCCGAGACCUGGACAGUUCCUUGUGCUCCAGCUCCAGCCCAGGCCCCAGAGCCAUCGAGGCCCAGCCAUGGGUAGAGCCCGGCUACUGGGAGUCCUGGCCCAUCCGGAGUAGCUCCAUUCUGGAGGAGGCCUGCCGGCAGUUCCAGGACACGCUGCAGGAAUGCCUUGACCUGGAUCGUCAGGCCGGUGAUAGUUUGGCCCAGGCCCAGCAGGCUCUGAGCCCUGCAGAAGCCACCUCUUCCUUUGUCUUCUGAAUGCAGCUCAUAGCCAAGGUGGUCUGAUCAUAGACAUUCCGUCCCUGCCCCAUGCCCUUGCCUCUCUGUUUAUUUCCGGUCACUGAUCCUGCAAACUAGGUUGUUCAUUCAUCCCUUUCUUGGGAGUUUCCUAACUCCUACAUCUCCCCACGGAUGUUUCCUGCCCUCCUUCCACAGCCACAGGGACACUUUCCAGGUUGUCUCUAGGAGGUAGAGGAGAUACCUCGCUAUCUGGUAAAUACACUGUACACUAUGCCGCCAGGCCCCAGGGGUUCCCGGCAUGCUGAGCCUGAGCUCCCUCAGACACCCAACCUAAGGCUUUGUGGGUAAGGUUACUUGGCACCUGCUAACUCUUAUUAAAUAGUUCUGUGCUCAUAUGUA